CGACGCGCUACCCACUGCCCUGCGGCCGCAGCUGUCUCGCCGACGUCAGUCCAGAAAGCCCACCACCCAUGCGGAGGUCCUGCGUGGCAGCCCGGACCUCCCACAUGUUAGGGCCCUCCCCACUUGGCUGCCACAUCUCCCAGUCCUCCACCAAAGGGUUCCACUUCCACCCCCCCUCCAUGUGGCCGCUGUACUGGACGACCUUGGCAUGGUAGGGCACGAAGGGGAGGUUGUGGGCGGGAACCCCAUUCACUCGGGGCAGCAAGUGCGGCGCGCCUCUCGCCUUCUGCGCUGCCUUGAUAUCGCCCAGCAGGACCGCCUUGGUGCGUGGCUGUAGUGGUGCCGCUGGCCUGUCGCCUGCUGCUGGGUGCUGGUGGUGGUGGAUCUUGGCUGGGUGCGGAUUGUCUGCCGAGCUCUGUUGCUGCUGCGUUGCUGGUGGGUUGGACGUCGCUGGGGCUGCAGGGUGAGGGGGUCGGUGGCCCCGAGUGCUGGCCGCCGGGGCCUCCCUCUCGCGAGGCGCGUUGAACACCUGACCUCUACCUGCAAGGAACAUCACACGCAAAAGGGACAGAAGACAAGUUAGUCACUUGUCCGGUCUGUCGUGGUCUCUCUCCCUCUCUCUCUCUCUCUCUCUCUCUAUCUCUCGAACGUACGGCGGUCGGGAUGGUUGCUAAUCACAGCAUCAGUCUGCUGUGGGAUGGGCGUGUGGUGCACGUCUGGGGCAGCAGGGACAGAUGGCUCUCUGGCGUCUGCGGUGCCCUCCUCCCUCUCGUCAGUCUGCUCAAACACAGCCACCUGACCGGCAUCUGCACGCAACACACAUAGAGCAUAAGAGCAGAUGUAUGCCACUGAUUGCACUGACCGACCCCUGGCUACCCUGAGGCAUACCCUGGUCAGCAUGGCGGCUAUUCACAGCACCGGCCUGCGAUGGAAUGGCGGCCGCUAAAGGUGCUGGCGACGUGUCGGGCGACGCUGGUGGAGCGGGGCAGUGCAUCUGGGGCGAUGCGGCGGUCGAUGGAACGGACGCCGCCGGUCCUGGGCUGCUGCCGGCCACCUUCGCCAUUGCGAUGUUCACCAGGUCGCCCGCCAAGCUGCGCAGCUCGUUGUCCACGUCAGCCAGGCUGCAGCGCUGGGUGGGCAACGGGCGAGUGGCUGCCUCACUCAGCCUCUCCAGCCGCUGGAGCGCCCCCUCGAGCCAUUCCAGCCCCCUCUCCCUCCUGAGCUCCCACAGGCCGGCCUUGGCGUCGAUGGGGUGGCCGUGCUCGUUCAUGAGCUUCCGCCGACAUUGCGGCCACCAGAAGGCGACUCUGGCCUGCUGCACCUCCUUGUGCUGCAGGACGGCCUUCUUGGCCGUCUCAAAGUCAGCCAGCUGCUGCUGGUAGGCGGUCCUAGCCUCCUCGGUGGCGCCGUGUGGCGGUUCGGUGGGCUGCUGCGGGAAGUCGGGCCAGUCCCCGGCAUCCUUGGCCAGCUUGGUGGUGUACAGCUGGCUCCGCAGCGUGUUGUGCAGCGUGCAGCCGUAGUUGAAGGCCAGCGUCCGGUCGGUCAGCCAGAGGCCCUGCUUGGCGCCCUUGCCCACCACGUGGUCCUCUGCUCGCAGCGCCGCACGCAGCUGCAGAUGCGUUCCAGAAACUCCACCCUCUUCUCCUCCGAAAUCCACUGCCCGCCCCAGUCGAGGAGCUGGGGCGGCGACCCCACUCUCAGCCCCUCCAUCAUGAGCAUCAGCUGCUCCGGCGCAGCGUGGAAGCGGGUGUAUGUGGGCAGCUGCUUCUCCUCCCUCUGGGCGGCCCUGGUCGUGGGAAUGAGGGCGGCGUGGGGGCAGGGAGGGGUCGGGAUGGUGCCGUCGGCAGAGUGCAUGCAGGCGCCUGGCGGCUUGACGAUGGCCGUGUUGCCGAGGUCGAUGAUGUAGGUGUCCGGCUCCUCCUGGAAGUCCAGGGCGUCCUUGUUGAUGAAGACGUUAUUCAGGCAGUGGUCGGGGCAUACCAGGCCGUCCUCCUCCAGAGCUGCCCGCACCGUGCUCGUCGCCCAGUGCAAGGCGCGCACGAGUGCGAUGCAGUCCUGCAGAAUGGAGUCGGGGUCGCCUCGCUUCUUGGCCGCUAUCCCCGCCAUGUGCAGCUCCCACGACCAGAUGACGGCAUCAAGGCUCACGUACUCCCAGGAGUCGCGGCGAAUGGUGGGGUCUGAUGACACGACAAGACACAGAAAGAAUGAAGCCAUUAGUGAGUGCAUGGAUGGAGUGCGUUUCCCUCCCUCCUGUUCUCACCUUUCAGAGGCUGCAUGGCUAUGUACAGGCACUCCUGUGGUGGGGCGCCCGAUCUCUCGCGAUAUGCCGCCGGAUGCUGGGGGUUGGUGGCGGCGUCAUACAGCCUGAGGAAUGGCUGCAUCGCUUUCCCCUCCCUCUCCCUUCUGGCCUGCACCGUGGCCAUCCUCUCCCUCUCGAUGUCGAGCUCGGCGCAGAGGGUCCUCCAGACGGCCUUGGUCUUGUCGGUGCGGAUGACCAUUUUGUAUGCGCGGAUGUGGCCGUCCACCUCUCCCGCCCUCACGACGCCGCGUGAGCCUUCGCCCAGGAGGUAGGGGAGCUGCACAUGUUUGCCCUCAAGCGUCGUGAGGAUGGGAUGGUCGGGCUGCUGCUGCAUCAUCGCGCCUCGAAGGUUCUCUCUUAUGCAAAAAUGACGAGGGGAGCCGGGGGACUGCCGCGCUCCGCUUCUCGCCGACGGGUCUUGCUGUGCUGCUGUUGCUGCUACUGUUGUUGCUG